GCUUGACCUCUCGUCAGGACGACGAGAUACGCCGGCAACCAUGUUGGGUGUUUUUGGUCGAGUCUGUUCUUCGGUUCUUAAAUCUAGUAAACCCGGUUUAAAUUUAAUAAAAUUACAAGAUUCAUCGUCGAAACUCGUCCCCUGUCUAUAUGCCAUACAAAAUAAAAGGUAUGCGGCACAGUCGGCUGCAGCCACCAAAGCAAAAAAUGGGAAGAUAGUAGCUGUAAUUGGUGCAGUUGUAGAUGUUCAGUUUGAAGAAAAUUUACCUCCAAUUCUAAAUGCCUUGGAGGUACAAGGUCGGAAGUCUCGACUCGUUUUGGAAGUCGCUCAGCAUUUAGGUGAGAAUACAGUAAGAACCAUUGCUAUGGAUGGAACAGAAGGUUUAGUGCGAGGUCAGGAAGUAGUAGACACAAACUCGCCUAUAAAAAUACCCGUAGGUCCUGAGACAUUAGGUCGAAUCAUUAAUGUGAUUGGUGAACCUAUUGAUGAGAGAGGUCCAGUUGUUACAGAUAAAUAUUCUGGCAUUCAUCAGGAAGCCCCCGAAUUUGUAGAAAUGAGUGUUGAACAAGAAAUUUUGGUAACAGGGAUUAAAGUUGUAGAUUUACUAGCACCUUAUUCCAAAGGUGGAAAAAUUGGACUUUUUGGAGGUGCUGGUGUAGGUAAAACUGUACUUAUCAUGGAACUGAUUAACAAUGUAGCUAAGGCUCAUGGAGGUUAUUCUGUAUUUGCUGGUGUGGGUGAAAGAACAAGAGAAGGUAAUGACUUAUAUCAUGAAAUGAUUGAGUCUGGAGUUAUUAGUUUGAAAGACAAAACUUCAAAGGUAUCUCUUGUUUAUGGACAAAUGAAUGAACCACCUGGUGCCCGUGCUCGUGUAGCACUUACAGGAUUGACAGUUGCAGAAUACUUCAGAGAUCAAGAGGGUCAAGAUGUAUUGCUGUUUAUUGACAAUAUUUUCCGUUUCACACAAGCUGGUUCUGAAGUAUCAGCUUUGUUAGGACGUAUUCCUUCUGCUGUAGGUUAUCAACCUACUUUAGCAACUGAUAUGGGUACCAUGCAGGAAAGGAUUACAACAACUAGAAAAGGUUCUAUUACAUCCGUGCAGGCUAUUUAUGUACCAGCCGACGACUUGACUGAUCCUGCACCAGCCACGACAUUUGCCCAUUUAGACGCAACCACGGUAUUAUCUCGUGGUAUUGCUGAGUUGGGUAUCUAUCCAGCCGUAGAUCCUUUGGAUUCCACAUCACGUAUUAUGGAUCCUAACGUUGUGGGUAGAGAACAUUAUGACAUUGCUCGUGGUGUGCAGAAGAUUUUGCAGGAUUAUAAAUCUUUGCAAGAUAUCAUUGCUAUCUUGGGUAUGGAUGAAUUGUCUGAAGAAGACAAACUUACAGUAUCUAGAGCUCGUAAAAUCCAGAAAUUUUUGUCACAGCCAUUCCAGGUUGCAGAAGUUUUCACAGGGCAAGCUGGCAAAUUUGUUCCUUUAGCCGACACAAUUAAAGGUUUUCAAAUGAUUUUAAAUGGUGAGUUGGAUCAUCUACCCGAAGUUGCUUUUUACAUGGUCGGACCCGUCGAAGAAGUGGUUGCCAAAUCGGAAAAACUUGCAGAAGAAUUAUAAUUUAUGCAAUCAUUUCCAGUUAGUUUAAUAAAAAUGAUCAUUUUUUGUUUUUGUUAAGGAAAAGUAGCGGUGCCGAUUUAAGCAAAUCAUUGAACAAUCUUGUAAAUUUUGUCGUUUGUAGUAAGGACCAUAGCUGCAUCUUAUGUCAGAGUUCUGGGUAUGGGAUCAAAAAGUUAUAUAAGUGACCCAUGGAAAUAAGAUUGAACUGUUGUUUUCAGUAUGAAACCAGUUGAAGCUGGAAAUGUAGGAACGAUUGUUAAUAAAGUAUUCUUAAGGAAAA